AUGGUUACCUUCACGGUUUUCAAGGGGUCCAAGGAUGGCAAAAUCGUCCAGUCCACCACCACCAGGGAUAUGAAGGACGACGAGGUUCUCAUCAAGGUCACCCACUCAGGUCUUUGCAGUACCGAUGAGCACUUCAGGAAGGUAGACAUGGUCCUUGGCCAUGAGGGCGCGGGAAUUGUUGAAGAUAUGGGUCCCGCCGUCAAGGGCUUCAAGAAGGGCGACUCUGUUGGCUGGGGGUACAUACACAACACUUGCAACAACUGCAAGCAAUGUCUCAAUGGCCGUGAGACUCUCUGCCCAGAGCGGGAGCUUUUCGGAGACAACGACCACGAUCAAGGUUCUUUCGCGACGCAUGCGAUCUGGAAGUACGACUACAUCUUCAAGAUCGACGAGAGGAUCCCACGACAAUUCGCCGCGCCACUCAUGUGCGGAGGUGCUACCGUCUUCAACGCCCUUCGAUCCUUCGGUACGAAAUCCACCGACCGCGUUGGUAUUGUUGGUGUUGGAGGACUGGGACACUUGGCGAUCCAAUUCGCUGCCAAGAUGGGUUGUGACGUCGUGGUGUUCUCCGGUACAGACAGCAAGAAGGAGGAGGCCCUCAAGCUCGGAGCGUCCGAGUUCGUCGCCACCAAGGGCGUCAAGGAGCUUAAGAUCUCUAAGCCCGUCGACCACCUCUUCGUCACCACCUCCUUCAAGCCAGAUUGGAACCUAUACCUAUCUCUUGUCGCCCCUGGUGGUACCAUCUACCCUCUCACUAUCGCCUAUGGCGACCUGACCGUUCCUUACCUGCCAAUCAUCCGUGCUGAACUGAGCAUCCAGGGUGCCCUCGUCGCCGCCCGACAGGUCCACCGGGAGAUGCUGGAGUUCGCCGCACAGCACAAGAUCUACCCCAUCAUCGAGGAGUUCCCCAUGACCGUGGAGGGCAUCACAGAGAGUAUGAAGAGGCUGGAGGAGGGCAAGAUGCGGUACCGCGGUGUCAUCGUCGCCCCGUAA